AUGAAACAAAAUCAAGGAAAUCGUGGAAAUCGCGGAAGUCGUGGAAGUCGCGAAAGUCAUGAAGUUAUAGCAGUUGGUAGAGGUCGCGGUAAAAGUCAUGAAAAUAAUGAAGAUAUCGAUUCUGUUAAAGAUACUGAAGCAAAUGAUAAUUUAAAUAAAUUUUCAGAACAGUCAAUUUCAGGAACAACCGAUCAAAUAGCUCAUUCUAAUACUGCCUACGAUAAAGAUAAUACUGAGCCAAGAUUCGUUGGAUUGGAGUGGGGCAAACUCAAAAAUUAG